GUCAGGCUGCCUCCGACACCAGUUGCGUCGCGUGUGUCAAUCUCUGAGCGUCACGACGCUCUCCCCCGGAUACCUGCAUUAGGUAAAAUGAAGAUAUUCGCCGUAUGAAAACGAAUUAUUCUUCUUUAUAGAUUGAAAUGACAGUAAACCAUUGAUAUCUUCUCUUCCUAAGUCUACUAAAGGGAUACGGCUGAGAAUGGAGUUGGAAGACCUGUACAGACGCUACUGCGUCAGACUCAAACACGCAUUGUUCGUGUCCAGCCUGGCGGUCGCGUGCGUGAGCUGUACCGCAACUAGCAUCCUUCUUACCUUCUUCUACUUCUCUUUUGACAUGACUCACCUGAGUUUUCCCCUGAGCGUCUCUGCGGGGAUGUCAGUGGUCAUGUUGGUAGUGUUCGUGCUGUCUCAACUGCCCUGGGUACUGCGAGAUGAGCGGGCGGCCUUAGUCGUGUCGGUGAUCGCUGUGGCGCUGCUGGGGUCCGGGGUGCUAUCCCUGGCCGGACCCUCAGUCCCCCUGCCACUGUUCGCACUCGUGGUAGCCACACACACGGUUCUACCCGUCCCUCAGCACGUCUCCGUGUUGCUGGCCGCCAUCCUCACCCUCUCACAGCUCACCCUCACAUCCUGGCGCGCUACCUCUGGCCUUGGCGACCCACGAUUCUACACGGAGCUGACGGCGCAACUGGUGUUCUUGUUGGCUGCCAGUAUCGGGGGUUUCUACUACCGCCAUAUGACCGAGGCAGCGCACCAGCAGACCUUCGUGGGCACCCGGACCUGCAUAGAGUCGCGGGUCAAGCUCGAGUGUGAGAAAGAGCAACAAGAACAACUUCUGCUGAGCGUCAUACCAGCCUACAUUGCCGCAGAGGUCAAGCGCAGCAUCAUGUUGAAGAUGGCUGAUGCAUGCCAAGACAUGUCAAACAAACAGACGCGGUUCCACGAAAUGUACGUCCAACGUCACAACAAUGUCAGUAUUCUGUACGCAGACAUUGUCAACUUCACGCCACUGUCGGAGCAGCUGAGUGCAUCAGACCUAGUUAAAACCCUCAAUGAACUUUUUGGUCGAUUCGACCAGUUAGCUCAGGAUAACCAGUGUAUGCGGAUCAAGAUCUUGGGGGACUGCUAUUACUGCGUGUCGGGGUUACCCGUGUCACGGCCCAACCACGCCUACAACUGCGUCAACAUGGGUCUACAGAUGAUUGAGGCUAUCAGGUUCGUCCGAGAAGCAACCGGUUUCAACGUAGACAUGCGCAUCGGCAUACACACCGGCAAUGUGCUCUGUGGGGUGCUGGGUCUGCGGAAGUGGCAGUUCGACGUAUGGAGCGACGAUGUUACUCUGGCCAACCACAUGGAAUCUGGUGGCAAGCCAGGACGAGUUCACAUCACGAGGGCAACUCUGGACCAGUUGAAUGACAAAUUUGAAGUGGAGCCAGGUCAUGGAGAGGAGCGAGAAGGUUACCUGUCAGACCACAAGAUAGAGACGUUCCUCAUAAUCCCACCUUCGAAAGAGAAGAAAAAGGAAGAAUUGCAGCAUAAGGAGUCUGGCAAUGGCCUGGUAGUGAACCACGAGCCGACGUCUGGGCCGCUGAACCGAAGUCGCGGCUCCAGUAAGAUGACCAAGUACGUGGAGUGUUGGGGGGCCGACAAGCCAUUCGCUAACAUCACGGAGAGCACGCUGGCAAAGAACAUCGGUCUCACGAGUAUUGCAAUGAUCGAGACUAACCUGCUACCCAGCAAAAGCACUUGUUUGGAAUGUAGGAAGUGGUUCAAUUCUGAGGAGCUAAACCCUCUGUUACUGUGGUUCCACAAGCCAGGACAAGAACGUGACUAUCGUUCCCAGACAGACCUCCAGUUUAAGUACUACGUCCUCUGCGCCACCGUACUCUUCCUGUGCAUGGCUGCCGUUCAGACCCUCAUGGUUCCCAGAGGUCUGGUGCUAUACGGGGCCUAUGUACCCACCCUGGUGGCGCUACUAGUGUUCGUGUACGUGAGCUGGGUGGAGGGCUGCGCCCCCGAGGGUUCCAGCACCCCCCAUGAUACCGAAGAAGGCGGCAGGGUGGUCAGUGACAGUAGGUGGCUGCGACUCUCCAUGUUCGUCAUCAGCGUAGUACUGAUAUCUGUCUGCGCCGUCAUCACUCUGAUAGAUUUUGACUUGGAAAAGCCACAGGAGAUACCGACUGUGGCUUACCCCGUGAAUGGAACCAACAUCACUGCCGGUGACAACACAACCGAGCCGGAGUACAGGCACCCCAGGCAGACUAGACCAUACGACAUAGAGGAGGUUGUGUGUGCGCCGGCCUACCUGUACAGCUCAGCCAUCACACUGGCAGCCGUCUCUGUGUUCCUGAGAGUCGGCUUCGUCCUUAAACUUGGCCUCAUGGUCGCGUCCUCCGUCCUCCACCUAACACUCUACACUGCCGACUCUCUCUUCGACAUCUACGACUUCUUCCACACUGACAGGUUGAUCGGUAUUCCCAUCCAGUAUAAGCUAUGGUUUCCUCUAGCAAUUUUGGUGGUGCUCUAUCACAUACUCGAUAGACAAAUAGAGUUCACUUCAAGGACUGAUUUCUUGUGGAAGGCCAAGUUGAAGGUGGAACAGGAAGAGGUAGAAACGAUGAGAGGAAUCAAUAAAAUCCUACUGGAGAAUAUUCUUCCAGCGCACGUGGCAGAGCAUUUCCUGGCCACGCGAGCGUCACAGGAGUUAUACCACGAGCGUUACAACUGUAUAGCUGUGAUGUUUGCCUCCAUCCCUAACUACAAGGAGUUCUACGAUGAGACUGAUGUCAACAAACAGGGCCUUGAAUGUCUCAGACUCCUCAAUGAGAUCAUUUGCGACUUUGAUAAGCUUCUACUGAAACCGAAGUUUAGUAGUAUUGAGAAGAUCAAGACAAUAGGAAGUACGUACAUGCUGGCUUCAGGACUACGGCCAGGGAAAGAGUCAGAGGGUGGGGACAUGAGAAAGGACGAGACCAGGAAAACGGAGCAUAAUGUGGUCGUUUUAGUGGAAUUUGCUGUCGCUCUCAUGACUAUUCUGGACCAGAUCAACCGAGAAUCAUUCCAGAGGUUCAAGCUUAGAAUGGGUCUGAACCACGGGCCGGUGAUCGCAGGAGUGGUCGGAGCCCAGAAACCUCAGUACGAUAUAUGGGGCAACACAGUGAAUGUGGCAUCCAGGAUGGACAGCUGUGGCGUCAUGGGCAGGCUUCAGGUGACCGAGGACACGGCGAAGAUCCUGAUGUCGGCAGGAUACGACUGCGAGUGUAGAGGCCCUACGUAUGUCAAGGGAAAAGGCACUCUCACCACAUACUUCGUAAGGACUCAAUUUGAUGAUAAAUAGAUGUACAUUCAGUGAAAAGGAGCUUGAUUAUGUCGACGCUGUUCAGCACAAUACGUGUCCAGUGUUAGAUUUGACGUACCAAGUUUUCGAUCACGCGCAGGGUUAAUAUCAAUAUUUCUUUACGUAAACACAGUAUUUAAUCAUGUAUUAAGUCUACUGUGUAUCUCUAAGUCAAGUGUAAAGAAGUUCCCAUGGCCACAUCAGUUAAAUCCUGACAACAAUGGUUAAAGGUAGGAAUUUUGUAAUUACAUGGUACAUAAGAGUAAUCCAUUGAUGACUUUCUCAAAAUUAGAUUGAAAGGCUGAAAAUUAACAAUUUUGAAAAUAUUUAUUUGACUUUGCUCCUAGAUUAUUGAAUUGAACUGGGCAUUUAAAAUCCUCUAAUUUAAAAUUUUAAUUUAUUUAAAGUCACUAGAUUAGACAAUUAACUAGAUUUAAACGAAUGACUUUUAAUUUUCAUUUAGCUAUUUUAUUACGUCACAUUUAUACUAGCUUAGUCUCGAAACUCGAAGCGGUGUGUCACGCACAAGGAAAGACAUGAACCCAAUUAUUGCUUUUUAAUGUCGGAGGUUUUAAAAGAUACGUCAAUGACCAUUACUAACAGUCAAUUAGCAACCAACCACCCAGAGGGCAUUUCACAUUUGCCAAUUUGUCCUUUGAUACCAAAUACAAACAAGUUGGUACUACUAUGAUUAUUCUAGUUGUCACGUAAAAUUGAGUAUUCGGAAGUCAAGUUUUUCUAACAAGUCCUGAAAAUUUUUUUAAAUUGUAUUAUGUAUAGCUAAUAUAUGUUUACUUAAUCCCUUUUCCUGUAAUACCCCAUCCGUAUAACUCAAUAGUAUAAUAAUUGAUAGUCCGUAAAAUUCCAUGAUCUAAGAUAUUUUUCGUGUGCUCAUUUAUUAAGAAGGCACUGCCGGCCGCAUAUCUGCUAUAAUUACGUUUAUAAAUAUAAAGUAGCUAAUGAGAAUAACAAUAUAAACAAUUAGUAUUAACAGACAACCACACUGCUAAAACCCCGUUUUCAAUGAGGCAUUAAAAUGUUAAUUUUUUAUUUUAUUCGAAAUUUCGAUUAUCCGUCAUGUAUCCGUUACUUGAGCGGAAUAAUGGCUAUUAAGUUCGGAUAAAGCGACGACAGAGCAAAGAACAGCUAUAGCUAAGUUUCAAUAAUUCACAGAAUCAAAGUGACAACAUUAAACUAUUGUAGUAAUAUUUAGAGUAGAAUUAGGAAUAAAGAAUUGACGUUAUACUUUUUUUGUUUAAAAUACUAAAUGUUCGAAUAAAAUAAAUAAACUCUAAUAAUAUGACUGUUUACCAUAGGCUAGGGUUACUAUGUGAGUUAGUAGAAGUUUAUAAUAAGAUUACUAUUAAUAUCAAUAUAUUUUAAUAUAUUUAAUAUUUUUUCACAGAAGGAAUAUUGAACACUUUGUAUUCUAAAUUUCUUCUAGAUAUUUAAAUCAUUAGGGUUAUAGGCUUAUAUUUUUAUACAAAGAUUAAUUUAUUAUUUUGAUAAGCAUUAUAGUUAUUGUACUUGUAUGUGAUGACAAUUAAUUAAGAUAAAUUUGAUGUGUAUAAAGCAAAUCAAUAUAACAACACGUUUAGAAGUCGUUUUAAUAUAGAAUAUAAUGUGUGUGUAAUGUAACUGAAAACUGUUAGCUUUAAAUAUUUGUAUUAAUAAGACUCGAUAACAGUAUUCCUGCGACAAAACCUAUUUGGCAAUUGAAAUUAAUGUAAUGAUUUUACAAAUUUGUGUGAAUAUUUAAUGAAGUUUGUGGAUCAUAUUACAGCAGACAGGUGGCGUUUUCUGUACCUGAAAACCCCUCAAUUAUCAGACUGUACAUGGUAUUUUAUGAAUCGUAUAUACCUCCAAUGCAACAAUCUUUACGUAGUUGUUUGCAAAUUUAAAAUAGCAAGCCCAUAGAUACGUAGAUAUAUGAUUAUAUUACGCGUGCAUAGUAAUAAAAACUUAAAGUAAGACUUUUAUUUCAGUUGUAUUAUAGUGAAAAAGCAGACAAACCUGAAAUCAGUUAUUCUAAGUAACCGAAAUUAUUCUAUUGUUAUACUUUUAUAUGAUUAUUUUGUUUAAUUAUUAUUAACAGUUUUAAAAAUAGAAAUUAUAAAUUAACUUUUGUUUGUAAAAUAUCUAUACAGUGUAGAACAAAGUGUGACUUUAGAAUAAAAUUUUCUAACGUUUAACUCAAAUGUUGGUUUGUGGUAUUUACUUGCCCAUAUGAGUUCACGCAAAAAUAUUUCAAACUGUACUUUGCUUAUACUGUUACUUUACUAAUAAGCAAAACUUAAGUAAAAUAGCUAUAAUUUUUAAAAUUUAAAAUGUUCUGAAUUGAAAUCGAACAGUACUUAAAAUUCAUUGUAAUGCUAACAACUACAAAUAUAUUUCAUAUCUCAUAGUUUAAUUUUGAUAGAAUCUAAAAUGUUUACCUCAACAACAAAGGUAAGAAUUAAAUACCUUCAGCUUCAGCUUUACUUUUCAUUCUAUUACGGUACGUAACUUUUAUUUCACUACGUUAGAAGGUGAAAAAUAAGACAUACAAGCUCUUUAUAUUGACCCUGAUAAUAUGUAUGUGUAUAUAUAUAUAUAAAUAUAAACACAUGAUAAAAGGAAAUUUAGUGAAAUUAAUGCAUUGUAAGAAAGUCAUAUCACAGUUGUUACAUGUUUCACGCACACAAGCAUAGACAAGCUCCGCGCUUGAGUUUGAGUUUGAAAAUCUUCACUUGAGAUUAAAUGAGUCCAUUUCAAGUGUAUAGCUCAUUUCAUUCCUGAAAUGUCCUGCUCACAUAAAUUCAGGCAAACAAUACUACAGAAAAUACAUUUGUAUAACCUUCCGGCAGUCAAAAAGAAAUUGUGUCAGCCUAAUGAAUUAUAGGCUUCAAUUACGCUCUGCCAAGAUUUCCUCGUUGGACAUAUGGUGAAUUCAUAAACUAAUUUUCAUGCUAAAUUUAAAGUCUACUGAUAAAAUCUUUCUCGAGAUAUCUUGCCACAUGAUACAUUAAUUUUUAUAGCAGUUUGUAAAUAAUAUAAACAUAAUAUACACUUUUUUUUCUAUUUACUCUAUGCUACACACCAAGUUACCAAAGUAUUGUGUUGUACGUGUUGCGGUAGUUAGGCUGCAUGUGUUAAUAUGUCAUAUUUUAAAGUCUCAUAUGAUUGUAUUCAGUUUGUUUACAAAUUUAUCCUGCAAUUUUCUCGUUACUAUCAUGAACCCAUUAUACCAAAUAAAAGUGUUCGAUAACGUUAAGCCGAAUCCUGUGGACUGUCAUGCACCGUUAUCGAACUCAGCGUUGCCUACGUAGCAAUGAAGCUUCAUGCAAAAUUUCCAUUCUAGGUUAGCUCUUUCGCAGGUCAGUUCAUUUACGAGAUAUCGUGCUGUCAGAUGGACAUACAGACAUGAAGUUUUUUCAGCCUCUAUUCGAUCAUUACAAUGUAUAAAACAGGAAUAUGAUGUCAGUAUUGAUUUGAUUAUAUGGAUGUUUAUUAGAUUGAUAAAUAUUUAUUUCAUAGUUAUCAGCAUAAUGUUUAUCCUGGUUAAGUUUACAAUAUUGAAUAUAAACUGUAUAAAAAUAUAGGGUAGGCAAUGGUGUAAUGACAAAAAUCACGUCAAUCCCCUUCCUUGAUUAUAUUUAAUUUUUACAUUAUAAUGUAUGAAAUUGUUUUCUUACGUUGAAAACUUGUUAAGAACAAUAUUUAGGUUUAGAUAAGUGUUUCAAUAAGAUUGUGAAUAAGCGAGGAGCUUUGCGACAACGAUAUUGUGAGUAAUAGCAGUUGAUAAAAUAACAGACUGAAUUAUCCAUUUUUCUGUCCAUAUUCCAUGUAUUUACUUUCUUUCUUGACAUAACCUAAAUUAGAAAUGAAAACCAUUUAACUCUUCAAACAUCAUUAAAUAAAAAUAAAUUUUUAUGUUUGAUUUUAAAUGUUUUGUAUAAUAUCAUAUUUAUAAUCACAGUUGUUUUUUGCUUUAUAGUCUAGGAGCCGAAAACCAUUGCAUAAUAUAAGCCCACAAGCUUUUUUUGUUGAAAUUGAUAGAGAAAUAUUUCCUUUAAGGCAAUCGAUUGUCAGCCCCGCUAGUUUUAAAAUUUGAGGAUAUGUAAAGGGUUAAAAAUAUCAAACCAUACUUUUUGUUUUUAGAUAAUGUUUUUUUUUUAGAUUAUCACACUUAAAACUGACCACAAGACACAUAAAUAUUGGUUAUAAAGUAAGGUCAUAAAGUAAGGCACUAGAUAAAGAGACCGAAUAUCGCCUUUCACCAACUAGUCGGUCAGUUUAUGGUUAGUUGGCGCUAGUUUGACGUCUGAUGGUGGGUUUUAAGUUUGAAAAGCUAAGAAAAUACCAUGAGACAAGAAAUUACAGUUUGAUAUUUUUAACCAUUACCCUCUCAUUUCUACCUCCACUAAAACCGCGUUACAAUCGUUUUAUUCCUUAAGAAAAAUGUGCAAUCAAUUUCAAGAAAUCCCCAGGUAGUAUGCUUAAACAAACUGGCUUAAACAAACAAUGCAAACUGGCUUUCGGCUUCUGUACUAUUUAUCAGAUGUAUAUGUUUGAUAGAAAUUAUCUCUGAUCCCACUUUGCAUUCUUAAAACUCUUGAGUUGGUUUCACUGAUCACGUAACUAGUGUUGUACUUCAAUGUUGUUUUUAUUUAAUGUCUCACAAGAUUUUAAAAUAGUUCUGUAUCUGCUUAGUAAUGUUUUUAUAAAGAAUGCUGUCUACAUUUACAUAAGAACAUAAAUAAAUAUUUAAUAUGAAAAUUGUGACAAUUUGUUUUCUGUACACAAUCUAUACAAUACCAAUAAAAUGUCUUUUAUGUA